GUUGAAAAGAAGCGCAUGAAGGCCGUGCGGGAGCGCAAGCACCGACUCCUCAUGCUGCGUCGCGCGGUGAGACGCAAGGCCUCCACCCUGUGGCGGACUGGGCUCAUGCCGUCUGCAAGGCACGGGGCUGGAGUGUCGGGGUUGGCGGACGCGCCCCUACGCGAGAUGCGCAGCUUGGCUGCGGUACUUAACGGGCGCAGUAACAAACGCCAUGUGGGUGUCACGGCAUACCUCCUUACUCACCCUUCGGAGGAAUACGAUCCCGUCUACCAUGCCACGCUGGACUUGGUCUUGAACUACGCCGCCUGGGUUUGGGAUGGGCGCACGUCACCCAGCCGCCUUCAAAGGGCCUGGACAGCGCUCCAUGAGCGGGCUGUCCCAAUCAGUUGGGCCGAUGCCAAAGGUCCCCUGGCCGCGACGUGGCUGACGCUCAAACGGCUUGCCUGGGACAUGAAAGCGCCGCACAUCUUGCAGGGCGACUUGGGCAGCCAAUAUGACCUGCACCGCGUGCGCCCUGCUGACCUGCGACCCUUCUUGAUGCAAGGCGUGCAGCGAUGGCAGCAUGACCGCUUCACCAGCCACAUGUACGCCCACGCUGGCGCGCCUAUCUGGCGCCGCGGGCUCAGGUACGCGGUCAAGGGUGUCCGCGCCGCAAGGCAGCUGGGAGCGUUGCAGGCGCUAUGGUCUGACAACAUACCCAUGCCGAUUCGCAGGGACAUGAAGCUCGGCAG